GUUAUUUCAGCAGCAGCAGCAGCACAACAAGCUGCCAGCCAGUUUGUCAGCUGACAGAUCUGUUAACCAAAUUGGGGUUUCGGUCGCUGCCGCCAUCUUCAGUGCCAUGGGGAGCCCACCAGCCAAGAUGAAGUUUUGCCCCAUCCACAUGCUUUCUGUAAGAAUCAUACAAGCUAAGAACAUCAAGUCAAGAGACCUGUGGACAGUUCCACUUUCGUGCCAAAACCUUGCGGGGCAAUGUUAUUCACUGCUUGAUACCAGUCUGAAGUAUUUAGGCAUCUCGGGCUGCAGUAGAAAUCUUCCGUCAAGUCCUGACUCCAGCUCUGAAAGACAUCACCUGGGAGAUUUCCUUUCACACCGUUGCCAAGCUUCACAAAUGACAGCAUCAGACUGCUAUGUACGCUUGUGGCUGCCAUCUGCUUCACCUGGAAAGCUUCAGACCAAAACCAUCAGGAAUUCUGACAACCCUGUCUGGAAUGAGACUUUCUACUUUAGGAUCCAGAGAGAAGUUGAGAAUAUUUUAGAAUUGGCAGUGUGUGAUGAAGAUGCACUCACCAAAGAUGACAUGCAGUUCACAGUUCUUUUUAAUGUUGCCAGAAUCAGACCUGGGGAGACAAUCCGCGAGACAUUUGCUUUGAAAUCAGAGACAGAGAGGUGCUCUAAGAAAUGGGAAAGUUUGGAAGUGGAAUUCUGGAUGGAAAGAGUUCCUGGCCCUCCAGAGCAUCUCAUUACCAAUGAUGUCCUAGUGUCUCGUGAGGUUUGCUGCUUGGAAGUGCAUGUAGACAUUAACGAAAGCAGGAAAUACUUGAAAGAGGGUAAAAAUCUCGUGCUUACGGUGCCUGCAUCCCACGAGAGAACACAGAAGACGACAGAGGACACCGAUACUUUCUACUUCCACUGCGUGAAGGCUUGGGAGCCAAUUCUAAAAGUCAGGCUGCAGAAAGUUUCUGAUAAGGAAGAUGACAACAGCAAUUUAAGUGACACCUUAACGGUACCACUGAAAUUUCUUCCUCUUGGACAUAAAGUGAAAGUAACCCUUCCUGUAAGACAUAAUAACCCUCUGCAGUUGUACCUCCAACUAAAUGCUUGCACAGAAAAACUAGAUGUGCGCUUAGGGUAUGACCUGUGCCAAGGAGAGCAGGAGUUCCUGCAUAAGAGGAAGAGAGUCGUUGCUGGUGCCCUGAAAAAGGUUCUUCAUCUGGAAAGAGAUCUACAUGGACAUGAGGUCCCAGUAAUAGCUGUUAUGGCAACAGGUGGAGGUCUCAGAGCAAUGUCAGCUAUGUUUGGCCACCUCUUAGCUCUUCAGAAGCUAAAUCUGUUGGACUGUGUCACCUAUCUCACAGGGGCUUCUGGCUCUACAUGGACCCUAGCAGACCUGUAUGAGCAUGCUGACUGGUCACAGAAGUCUCUGGAGGGGCCACUUAAAGCCGUAAAAGAACAAGUGACAAAAUGCAAACUCAACCUUAUGUCUAUAGACCAUCUGAAGUAUUAUCACAAGGAACUUGCUGAAAGGGCUAAAGCAGGACAUGUCCCAUCUUUUACAACUCUGUGGUCACUUGUGCAGGAGAUGUUCUUGCAUGAGCAGCCAAGAAAGUACAAACUCACAGACCAGCGCAAGGCACUGGAGCAUGGGCAAAACCCACUGCCUUUCUAUGCAGUCCUCAAUGUGAAAGAGGAGAAGUUUGGUACUUUCAAAUUUAGAGAGUGGGCAGAUUUCUCUCCUUACGAAGUGGCCAUACCAAAAUAUGGAGCCUCCAUUCCUUCAGAAUAUUUUGACAGCGAGUUCUUCAUGGGAAGGAGAGUGAAGAAGCUGCCAGAAUCUCGGAUCUGCUAUCUGGAAGGUCUUUGGACAAACAUCUUUACUAGGAAUUUGCUGGAUGGCUUGUACUGGUCCUCAAAUUCAAAUGAAUUCUGGGAACGAUGGUCCCAAGAUAUGGUAGAUAUAGAGAAACAUUCUCCUGAGGAAGACGUUACUGUCAUUGAGCCUCCAUCUUGUUUGUCAGGAAAGUUGUAUGAAAUGUUUCAGGACAUCAUGACCAAGCGCCCACUACUGGGAAAGUCUCAUAACUUCCUGAGAGGCUUAGAGUUUCAUAAGGAUUAUAUCCAUCAGAAAAAAUUUAUUGAAUGGAAAGACACUGUGCUGGAUGGUUUCCCUAACAAUCUGACACCGCUGCAGAAAUACCUGUGUCUGAUAGAUGUUGGCUAUUUCAUCAACACCAGUGGUGCAGCACUUUUCAAGCCAGAGAGGAAUGUAGAUGUCAUCAUAUCCCUUGAUUAUGGUUUGGGACAUGUGUUCAAGCAAUUAGAGAUGACAUACAAAUAUUGCAAGAUACAAAACAUCCCAUUCCCCAAAGUGGAGCUAAGUCCAGAAGAAGAGAAGAACCCAAAGGAAUGUUACAUAUUUGCGGAUGCAGAGGACCCCAGAGCACCUAUAGUAAUCCAUUUUCCCUUGGUGAAUGACACCUUUAAGGAAUUCAAGGAGCCAGGGGUGAAGCGUGGUCACUCAGAGAUGGAAGAAGGCAAAGUAAAUCUGGAGAACAACUGCUCACCGUACUACCUCAUUAGGCUAAUUUACUCCUCUGAAAAUUUUGAUAAACUUGUGAACCUGAGCAAAUACAACAUUCUCAAUAACAAAGACCUGCUCCUCCAGGCCAUCAGGAGUGCUGUAGAAAGAAGGAAAAGCAGAAGGACUGGGAAUUUCUCCAGCUACUCUGGAUAUCCCUAGGCUGGGUUUUUGCCCUGUUCCCCACUGAAGGCUAUGGCAGCACAUUGCAACACAUCACAUCACAGUCACGUUACAACAUAUCACAGUGUUCAUCCUUUGCAGAAAACUGAUGAAACCUGUACAUUUCUCACCUUGCCGUGUUCAGGCUCCCAGCUUUCAGCAGGGUUUUUCUCCUUCUCCCACAUUUUCAGACCACAAGAGUCUCGCAAUGUGGUCUUACUUGUUAAGAAAUUAGGGUCCUGCUAGGCAGAGAUCUCCCAGGAUCUCCUUGAUGUUACAGUAUAUAUAUGGUGGUGGUGAUAGUUCUUUGUAUGAGCCUGUCCCUUCAACCCUGAGCCCAUUGCUGGUGUCCUUUCAAGACUUGAUUACAGAUCAAGUCCUGGCCAUUUGCAUUCAGUGAUGUCCAGAUUUUCAGAUAGGCUGAGCAACUAGAAUUUGCACUGAAUUGGUGGGCUCAGCUUUGAAGUCAGGCAUAUAUAUGUGAAAAGCAGCCAAACUGCAGUGUGGACAACUGCACUCUGUCUGGCCUAUUUCCCUUGCUGAUUUAGAAGUUACUCCUUUUUUCCAUUCCCCUGCAAGACUUUGGCAGAGAAAUGCUGCUCCAGACCACCACAUCGGGGGUGGUUACAUUUCAAAAGAGAGGGCAGUAACAGCAGUGAGUGAGCACAGCUCCUUCGAGCAUUGGCUGCAGGAAAAGUUCUGCAUAAAGCACAUGUGAUUGUAUUGAUUUAUAUCAGCAGUGCCUUUUUGGAUUAAAAUGUCAAGAGCCUGAAACAAGUUUUUCAUAGCAGAAGUUUGAGAGGAAUAAUUACCAUAGAGUCAAGUAUAUUUAAUUUAGUGAUCGUGACUGAGACGUAAGCUGGUUCUCCUUACAGAUGUAAACUGAAUGUAGGACAACAUAACUCACUAACAGAGUGCAGAGCCAUUGUAUUUUCACACACAGAAGAUUUUCCCUUUAUAUUCUUCUACCCCUAACAUCACAGGCAAAGUAUUUUUAAUAGGUGCUACAUAAAAUAGAGCACAAAUUAAAAAAAAAAUAGGACACACAUUUUCCUCCUUGCUGGUGGAAAAUAUUUGGAAAAUGACGCCUGGUUUUCAUUUGCUUUGGAAUGCAGUGAGAGACUUUGCCUUGAGCUAGAAGCUUGGAACAUCUUUAUGGCACUCCACUAGAUUAAAAAGAUCAUAGGGAAGGAUGCUGAGCAAUAUAAAACAGAGCUUCACAGAAGUCGGAGAAGUUUGCAAAUUUCCUCACACUGAAGGAUUUGGACCUGCUUCUGGAUUUUUUUUCCAAACACAGCAUAUUCAUCAGGACUUCCAAGGAAAAUCUUACAUAUUUCUUCUGUGUUGGAAAUUUACUUGAGAUCUAGAAUUAGUUGUACUUGAAAUCCAAAAUCAGACAAAGAACAAGGAAGAGGGGUCUGUCUUUUUGGUAUACACAGACAAUAUUGAAGCUCAAAGAGAGACCAUUUACAAAAGACUUGAUUGUCUGAAGCCUGCAUCUACUAAAUGCUGCUUCUGCUGCAAUGGCCAUGGCUGGGGUUUAGCAAUGCUUCUUGUACAAUGUUUACUUGCUGAGCUAAGGAACACACCCAGAACUGAGGAGCCUCAACGGCUGCAGUACAACUCUACCUUGGGAUUCAGAUCAUUAGAAGUUAACAACUAAUCAGAUACUGGCUGCAAGACAAAAUAUAAAGAGCCAUUUUGAGUUGGGAGUUGAUCCAGCUGGAUCUGUUACUUUUGCACAGGAGAGCAGCAUGUCCUGGCGCAGCAUUGUGUGGCACAUACAAGCCCACAUGGCUCUGUGCACACACGUGCACAGGGUGUGCAGCAUUCCCAUGCUCCUCUGGCUGCUCCUAGAAAGCCCUGCUGCUGCAAAAAGAUAUUGCUGUUGUGUCCCUGGGCUACAGAGAACAAUCUGUAACCCUUGUGAGCCUUGGCAGCACGUACGCAGCAGCGAGGCAGCUCAGCCACACUGAGAAAACUUGAUUUUGGUCUUCUAAAAUGCUCCACAGACUAAUAAUUGGAGCAUGUUUGGUGCAUUCAUAGUGCUGCUAAUACAAACAGAAAGACCCAGUAAAAUGUGAAGGAGCCACAAAACCACAAGGUUUUCAGGUAACCCAGAGCUGGUUUGCAGAAUUGCAGAAUUACCGUUCUGAGGAGCUGUUAAAUCCUGUUACAAAGGGAGGGUGGGAGGGAGGGAGCUGUGGGUGGGGAAGGUGGUGUGACUGCUGGGAGAACUGUCACCAGUGGUUUUGCCAACACUUAAAAUCAGGUUGGGAACUGCUGUCUAAUCUUGCAGCCAGAGGCACAGACAGGCAUGUUCCCCUUCAUUUCUCUGGUGCCCCAUGUGGUACCUCUGUAGCCUUAAAUUAUAAUAGCUUUUUCAAAUAUAAUUUUGUAUUUCAGAGCCUGAAAUUAUGUGAGGGCUGUAUCAUUGCCCAUCAGAGUGCCUUUUUGUUUCAUUUUGCUUGCCUUUUUGUUUUUGUAACAUGAUGUGGAUGUGGCAUAUGGGAACACAGUUUAGUGGUGGACAUGGCAGCGCUGAUUUAACAGUUGGACUGGAUGGUUGUAGAGGUCUCUUCCAACCUAAAUGAUACUGUGGUUCUGUGACAUUGGAGGAGUGUGUUGCUGGCUUGAUGGUGUAGUAGGAGGACCUGGAGGGCAUUUGUGAGCACAGAGGCUGCUGGAGAAUUCUGCAGGUUGGAGGGACCUACACCUGGCACAGUCUUGUCUGUGCAGCUUGUGGGAAGUGGUGGCUGGCACAGGUUGUCCCUCAAAGCACUCCUGAGCUGGGGUUCAGAGCAUGCUGAUUUGCUCUGCCCCCACACCACAGGAAUGUAAGGCAUAGUUUCAGUGGCAUAAGGCUGAUCAGAGACCUGUGCUCAGGACUGGUCCUUGUUCCCUUUAGAGUAAACAUGGAGUCUGAGGGCCUCUGAAAUUGUGUGUGGUUGUUCCUCAGAGGUGUGGUUUUGUUUUUUUCCUUGGCCGCAUUCUUGCCUGCCUAGUACCACGUGUUGUGCUGUGACUGAACAGAGUGCAUGCAAACCAAAUCAGACACUGCCAGGAGAAAGCUGCCUCUCUCUGCAUCUCACCAACAAAAGCACCUGCCAUACUUACAAACCAGGCCUUGCUGGUCUGGUGUUGUGUUGCUUAACUGCUGAAGAUGGACGCAUGCCUGCCAAAAAACCUUAUCCGAAAUACACCCCAGAUCACUGCUCUCUGAUGAACAUUUUGCUGGAAAAACCCCCAAAAUACAGAGCAUGCUGUCUGCUGCCAAACACAAAGGAAAUGAGACUGUUCUUAUAACUAUUACCUGCUCUUCAUAGAAAUUGCUUGCUUGUGUCUUUUAACUGUUUAAUAAUAUAUUAAUGAAAAAUAAAAUAUUGCAAAAGAGCACCAGAA